UUUGACAUCUCCAAUACCCACCAAGCAUUUUUCAAUAAAAAGCGGUAUUCGUAACGGCUGACGGGUGUGACGUGAAGAUUAUUAAUAAAACACACGAUCCAAACGGCUGACGGGUGUGAGGUGGGGGUGGUGCUUUUUACCUCCGGAACAACGAGGCAAAAAGCUUCGAGAAAUUCUGAAUGAAACGCCGAGCAAUUUCGCUUCAGAACAGAAAAUUUCACGCCAAUGGGUACACCGCUUCUAGCUGGUCUUGCAGUAGCUGCUGCUGCUCUCGCUGGUAGAUACGGUAUUCAGGCCUGGCAUGCAUUUAAGACACGGCCUCCAAAACCCAAAUUACGUAAAUUCUAUGAUGGCGGUUUCCAGCCUACAAUGACCAAAAGAGAAGCAGCUCUUAUUCUUGGUAUCAGGGAGAAUGCGACACCAGACAAGGUCAAGGAAGCACAUAGAAAAGUAAUGGUGGCAAACCAUCCUGAUGCAGGUGGCAGUCAUUACCUUGCUUCCAAAAUAAACGAAGCUAAAGAUAUGAUGCUUGGGAAAACAAAGGGUAGUGGAUCAGCAUUUUGAUACUUUAAUGAAAAAUGCCUUUUACUUUGAGAGUUCCACUUAGUGCACAUAAGUUCAUCACAAUGGACCAGCUCUUCAUAACAAAGAAUAUGCAGUUCGUAUACAAAAGCCUAUUGGGUUGUUUUUUUUGGGGCUGAGAAAUGGUUUCACCCGUGAUUCGCGACCGGUUAAAAUUUUAAUUCAUUUACAAUCUAAAUGUAUUUAAAGCAGAUUUUUCCCGCCCCGUUUAAUAGAG